AUGGGCAGCCGGCCCCGCAGCCCCAGCGCCUACCCUGCGGCCUGUCCCGGGCCGCCGUCCGGAGGACCCGGCCCCGCCAAGCGCAGCCGAACCCAGGAGCUUGCAGGCCUGGAAGGCCUGGAGGGGCCCCCGGCCGCCGGCGCCCUCACCUCCGUGGUGGUUCUGGCCGAGGGCUGUGCCCUGCAAGUGCCCCUGGACGACGUCGACCUGGUGCUGGAGCCCGAGCCAACGUCGGUCCUGCAAGUGUCUGUCGGAGAGUUCACCCUGCUGCUGGUCCCCGAGGCCCUCCUGCGCUCAGGAGAGCAGGGCCACUCGCUUGUCGGCCUGGAACCCGGAGCUUUCCUGGGCGAGCCCGGGCACGACGUCGCCGUCGAGCAAGGAUUCUUCCGCGCACCUGUCCCACAGAUGGCCCCCCAAGAAGAGGCCUAUGAGGAAGACGCGGACCCCGCAUUCCUGUCGCCUCGGAUAGACCCUGCAGCCGGCUCCGUCGCUGGGCUCCGCCCCUGCGCGGGAAGCGUGACCAACCCCUACCCUGUGGGCCAGGUACCAGAGCCCCGGUCUUGGGCCCCCACUCCUAGUCCAGAAAGACGCUCUUCUUUCCGCUACUUCAACCUGGACGUCCACCUUCUGGAGCCCUUCCCCAACUCGCCACUCCAACCUCUACCUCCCUCUCCGAGUCCAGGUCCCCACGCGCGCCCCCAGCGCCCUCCGGGUCCUUCUCGCAAGGCCCGGAGACGCCUGUUCCAGGAAUGAACUGAACCAACAACCCCUAGCCACCUGGUAGAGACUUUAAAAGAGUCUUUUAAGAGCGCUGUGUGUACUUUGCACAACCUGC